AUGUCAAUGCCAAUGAACACAGCAAAUCACCGCGCCAGUAGGAGCCAAAGGGAGCGGAAUCAACGAAAAGAUAUAUUUUCCAGCCGUCCUGAGAAGAAAUCAUCUACUGCAUCGGAAGCGCAAAUAUUGCAAAAAUCCUUGAUGAGAACCCAAAUGCUGCUCAAGAAUGAAUCCCAAAGAGUAUCCAAUCUGGCCGCCGCAAUUGAAGAAGAUGGGAAACGAUUACAAGAAACAAUGGACCAUCACAAAUCCUUGGAUAUUAAGAAGGCUGGGAAAGCAUUGAAAGGACUGGAACGGGCCCAACAGCACGAGCAAAGAGUGCUGAUGGCAUCCGUUUCCUUUUUCUUCCUUGUAGUAUCGCAUGUGCUAUAUUCUAGAAUAGUGGCGAAGUUUGGGAUAGAAGGUCUUUUUACUGCAAUAUUUGGAGAAGCUGAAGAAUUGUAA